GGGCUGGACUGGGGGUGUCUGCCGUGUCGUGCUCUGCAUGCGCGUACGCGGGCUGUGCGGUGCGGUCACUUGGAAGCUCCAGAAAACGAAGGAAGAGGGAAAUCGUUCUUCUUCUUUUUUCUUUCCUUCUCCGAGGUGUUACCCAUUAGAAGAAAAGGACGCGUACUGAAGGUCGACCGUCGGCAGGAUGUAAUCCCAAACAAGCGUGGCGAUCACAUGUCACGCUUUGCUACUGCUGCCUUUGAGGAUGUUCCUGCAGAAUGUCCCCCUUGCAGCUACACUGCAGCCAAAAUGGAGGUCGUAUGAGCCCCCCCCAACCUUUAGCCUUCCUUUGUGCUUCACAGACUCCGAACCCGAACUUUCAACUCGUAACACAUCGAUCCCUGAAAACGUCCAAAUGAUCAUCGAAAGCCUGAGGAGCACUCAGUCCUCUCUUGACGUGAGUGAUGAGUACGAAGAGAGCAUGCACCAUAACAAAGCCAGAUCACACCACUGUGUGGAAGUGGCCGGUGGGAAAGAAGCCGCAGCCCAGAAGAGGUCAGUGGAGGGCGUCCAUGUGGAGCCACCUUUCAAGUCGGAGGCCACGAGGGUGGGCUUGCUGACGCCAGAUUCUGACAGUGACGAUUCGGUGGACAGAGACAUUGAAGAAGCCAUCCAGGAAUACUUGAAGGAGAAAAACGAUUACGGAGGGCCCUCCACUCUAAAACACAAAGUCGUCAGUAGAAACCGCCUGGAAAUGAAGAAACCGAAAAAACUGGAAAACGCUGCCUUUUCCGUUGACCUCGGGAAAUUUAAAGUGGAGCCAAACGAGUUGAAGAUCGUCAAGCUGAAUACCGGCAAGCGCUCCUGGUGCUCUUCCUCCAGUACAAGCAGCGAUGACUCGUUUGAUCAGAGUAUUCAUGAAGAAAUCAAGCGUUUCCUGACCGAAAAGAAGGGAAAAGGAGAAGAAGAGUGUGUCCCGAAGACCAAACUUAAAAAGAGACCAUCCCCCAGCAAACGGGCAAGACAGCGCCCGGAUUUUGUGGCAGCUAAACUCCAUCUUCCUAGGACGGCGGAGAAAAAAACGGACGAUCCUAGACUUCCUGCGGCAAUUAAUUACGUGAAGCAAAUGACGCCGAUUCGGCCAAUGCCGGCGGUUCCGAGGCUUGCUGCCAAAUCGGACAAACCUGGCCAUGUUGGCCCGUUGUGCGUAAAGAAGCCAAUCUUAAAUAGAAGUGUACCAUCGGGCAAUGGAAUUAAAAAAACCUUUGCUGGUGCUUUUCAGGAUCAGCAGAGAGAAACCCAGAAUGCCAGUGAUGAUGAUGAUAGCUCCACAGACUCUAGUAGUGAUGAUGGCAUUGAAGAAGCUAUACUGCGCUACCAGCAGGAGAAGAACAAAGAGAAAGGGGAGGAGUCCUCCUGUGUGUCCGGACCCACCUACGUCGAGCCCAGUCAGCCUGAGGACCCGCGUCCGUGUUGUCAAGAGUCAUGUCAACCUCUUAAAAGUAGUCCAGACGGAACGACCGCCCUGUGUCCCGACCCGGAUCCCUCACCUCUGAAUCUGUCUUACUGUGAUGGUCAUAAGCAAGACACGACCGUGAACUCGGUGAGUUUGCCGAGUGAGAGUUUAUGGUCCAUGCAGAACAUUCCCUUCAAAGCCAAUACAUCGGCCGAACUGAUGUGUGCCGAAGCCAUUUUAGACAUUUCCAAAGCGGUGCUGCCGGUCCCAGUUGACCCCAAUGUUACCGUGUCCCACUUCUGUUCCAAUCCUAUUGCCCCAACUUCAGAGGUGGUGCCUACCAAUUCAGUCAACGGGGACAGCACUUCGGGAGAUAGUGAAGAUGGCAUUGAACAGGAGAUUCGAAAUUUUCUAGCUCUGAAGGCCCAACAGAACUCUCUGGCAGCAGUUGCUUCAAGCUUUGAGCCUACAAUAGAGUAUGGCAUGGAGAACCUGCCCGUAAAGAAGAAGAUUUUGGGGGAAAACCGGCCAAAGCCCAUGCGCCUGUCUCUGACAUCUAAGAGAAAGCUAAAGGAGGCCAGAAGUCUGAAUUGUAAAGUCGGUCAACCAAAAACUGCUCUUAACCCAGAGCCUCACUUGGUGCCUAUGUCCGUACCUGCUUGUGUUGUCAACACCCCUUCUAAAUUUAAAGAGGACCAUGAUGGGUUUGACAAAGAAGAUGUGGCAAAAUCGAAAAUGUUUGAGCAGGGCUUUAAAGAGGGUGCAAGAACUGCACAGGGCGGGCUCAAGCAGGCCAUGGCGUUCAGAGGCCCCAAAGCAAAAGUUCCCACUUGGAAGUCUGACGACGUCUGCCAAAGCGAGAAAAGCAGCUCCCUGGAUAGCGAUGAGGACUUGGAUGCCGCCAUCAAGGAGCUGCUGAAAACGAAAAAGAAGGUGAAAAGAAAGAGCAAAGUUUCAAAACAAAAGGCUAAAAAGAGAGUCCGGUUUGCGGAGGUCCAGCUACUUCCGGUAAAAAGUCAAGUAAGCAGCCAUCAGCCGUCUCCUGUCUCUCCUCCACCUCGGGGCAACCACAAGAAUCCAAAAAGCAGCAUUUUAAAAGACCAGGCAGCGGCCAAGCAACCCCCCAAAGCAAAACCUAAAAGGAGUCCCCUUGAGCAAAAGAAAACCGAGAAGACCGUCAACCCUUCACCUCCUUCUACUCAGCCCAAAAAGUUUGCACUUUCCAGCGCCGACUCCGGCAGAAAUCGGGGACCGGCUUUGGUUACAGAGCAGACGGACGAUGAAAGCAGCACGGUGGACAGUGAUGACAGCAUUGAGCAGGAGAUCCAGAAGUUUCUGGCAGAAAAGGCGAAAUCCUCCGCGAGGGAAACGAAGGACCCGGAGAAGCAGAAAGACAAACCGGACAGCGAGGCAGAUAAUGGCAAAGACGUCAAAGCAAACGAAAGCGAGACAAAGCAGAAUUGGGGCUGCCGACUGACUGGUCAAGGGCAAAACAUAAGCGAGUCCAACCAAAUUUGUGCUACUGAUCUACCGACCAAUGGCUCGGUAUGUGAUAAGGGACCACAGGUUAGUACCGCCAUUAAAAAAAUGCCUGAAUCUGAGAGUGGUCUACAAAAAUACACGCCGAGCUGUAAGAAAAGCUUUCAUCCAGACGGCCUGGAGAAAACUCCACAGAUCUCACGGACACAUGGUGAUGGUCCACACAAGACCGUUGCCCCUGCUAAUUACUGUACUUUAGAGUGGGCCGGGUCGGCAAACCCCCCUGAUUUCCAACUGUCCCAGCCUUCAGUCUCGAACCAGACAAUCCACAUCAACGUUCUUCCUUCGACGGAGAUGGAGCAAGGGAAGUCACUCUGCGGAAGGGGAGAAAUGAGCAGUAAUGAUGUCCAGUCAACAGUCUGGGUGGCCACCACUGGUAAUGGAAGUCCCCAGGAUGCAACUCACCCCAGCAUCAAUGUCGGCGACAUGCUCCGUGUCUCACCGUGUGUGACCAACGAUGGACAGUCCGACCCCACGGCUUCCAUUAGCCCGGGAAGCUGUCGUCAAGCUAGCCAGGGACAGGCGGACGACGGCAGGGAGAACGUCUCCGAUGACGAGCUCCGUAAGUUAGGCAGCGAGGAACGAGACGUUGAGUGCAGUCCGACAGGGAAGGCAGGGGAGGAAGAUUUAGAUGAGAGUUUCCUCGAUUCCGAUGUCGACCAAAGGGAGAGAUUGAAAGAGAAUGAUGAGCCAGCUAGGAUGCCGUUUACUUCUUCUAUUGACACGGGAAUAACUUGCAGUACUUAUUUUAUUCUGAGCCCAGGAAAGAGACCUACAAAAUACUCGUCUCUCAAGAGGCAGAUAUGGAGCAGUAUCUCUAAGCCUCAGAUGCCAUCUCUGCAGUCAGUUUCCUCAGAUUGGACACAGAAAGUGCUGAAUGUCGCUAACAACAAAUUCUCAAUUAACGUAAGAACAUUCUACAAAAAUAAGAAGAAUGAAAAGGAGCGCAUGCCAAAGAAAACAAAAUGCAUGAAAAAGAAAAAGAAUAAGUUGCCGUUUUUUCUAAGAGUGCUCAGACUUCCUAAUAAGAAAACCAGGAGGAAUAUUUUGAGAAAAAUGUUGAUGAAGAGGAAAAGGUAA